AUGUCAACAUAUGAAGAGGAACACGGUCUAAAUGACAGCGAUGAAACAGGAAAUCAUAGGAAUACGGAAAGAAGAGAAUUGAGGAAUGAAUUUCGGGAAUUAUUCCAGGCAUACGGAUCAAACAAUUCAAGGAAUGGUAAUAAUGAUAACGUUAUUUUAUUACAAAUGUUAUCAGAACUGAUACCUGAAGACUUACAGCAAGAAUGGUUUGAACAGAUCGAUUCUAAGAAUCGAAAGUCAUGUUCCAAAGAAUUUAUAGACUCCUUGCCCAGAAUUAAGGCGAACUCGAUUAAGGAUAAAAAUGCUGAAUGUGCAAUCUGUUUCUGCAAAUUUCUUGAAGAUAAAUACCCCCUAGUGGCCGAAUUACCACAUUGUGGACAUCGAUUUGACCUUGAAUGUAUUUCCGUUUGGCUUUCCAAGAGUGAUACAUGUCCACUAUGUAGAGAUAGUGUGUUAAGCCAUAAGACAGAUAUUGAUGUCAGUAAAACCGAAAUGGAGGAAGAUUGGGGGAUGUAUGGUUAG